AUGCCGCUCGGCCCAUCAUCUUCAGCGUUACACAUUCAAAAUGCCAAAUCAACUGCAACUUCUUCGCAGCCACGCACACCUACCCUGGUGACUGUUCAUCCGGUAGCGUUGUUCUCUAUCUUAGAUCACUAUUUGCGCCGCACGGAUGCGCAAGAGCGCGUAAUCGGGACUCUGCUCGGUUUCCGGACCGACAACGAGAUCGAGAUACGUUCUUCGUUCGCGGUUUUGCACAGCGAGACCGCUGAACAAGUCGCUGUCGACAUGGAGUAUCAUCAGACCAUGUACGAUCUGCACCACAAGGUACACCCGAAGGAGACGAUCGUCGGCUGGUAUUCGACGGGCUCCAACCUCAACACCUAUUCUGCCCUUAUACAGAAUUUCUAUACCCAAGAAACCACGCCUCAUCAGGCGAUCCACCUUGCGCUCAACACUGGUACUGAAGAAGAUACUCAACCAGGCGUACAGGCAUACAUCAGCUCACCCGUAGGGGUGCAGCCUAAACCUGAGAAUUGCGUUUUCGUUCCGGUUCCCUGCGAACUGCGUUUCACCCCUGCUGAGCGCAGUGGUUUCGAUCUGCUCGCCUCUGCUUCGGACUCUCCGACAGAACCCAUCACUGAUCUGGAGCAGCUUGAAGCAGCGAUAAAAACGGUUUCCAGCAUGCUUGACCGGGUUCUGGCAUACGUUCGGUCUGUACUCUCAGGGGAGGUUAAGGGUGAUGCUGCGAUCGGGCGGUAUCUCAUGGAUACGCUGGGAGCCAGUACAGAAGAUCUGGAGAAGGGAGGCUUUAACACUGCCUUGCAGGAUACGUUGAUGGUGUCGUACUUGGCGAACCUUGUGAGGUCGCAAGCCGAAAUCUCUGCCCGUUUGGCACUUGCUACCGCGUGA